CCGAGAAAUUCGGUCUGUCUGUAUUCACGGUUCCCGGAUCUCGCUGUGGCUUCUGCCACGCCAAUCAUCAACACACCGAGCGUGAACAUAACCUCUAACCACCUAACGGCACCCAGUGAACGAUGCUGCCGUUCGUCGACGCCGUGUGUCAUCAUGUUUCUUCCGAUCACAUCGGCAUAGGCAUUGAUCGAGUGACCACGACGACGACGAUGUUUCCACGGUCGUCGUGUCGGGCCUCUUGAUUGUGCUGAUGCACAUCCGUCGUGCUAACCUCCUUUCUGACGUAUUGCGAGUUGCAGUUGUACAGACUCGUUAAGCCUGAAAUUUGUUGAAGAAAUUUUCAAUUUAAAUUUACACUUGUCUCGAGGGAUACGCGGAAGUUGUGUGAAUACGACGACGAUGAUUGUUAAACGCUAUUUUUAUAAUGGACGUGAGCACUGGAGACAACGACGAUGUGUCGUUCCGUCUGGGAGAGAUGUUUAACAGCUACGAGGAGUUGGAGCAGAAGCUGGAGAGAUUUUCGAAAUGCAGCCUAGUUCACUACUGGAGGCGAGACAGCAGAACGGUCAGUGGGGCUCAUAUGAAGACAGCUCGGCCAAUCAGUGAGAGAUUGAAGUAUUAUUCUGUCAAAUAUGCAUGUAUCUAUGGCGGUCAGAAGUUUCUGCCACGUGGUGCUGGAAGAAGACAAUCCCAAUCUAUACGAACCAAUUGUCCAGCUCAUAUUAUGCUCAGAGCAUCUAAAGAUGGCACAAAGUUAGAAGUCACUAGUGUUAAUAAUGAGCAUAAUCAUGAAAUUUCAGAGGAACUCUUUAAGAAUCUUCCACAAGAAAGGAAGCUGUGUGGUGAAAUAAAGCAAGAGGUACAAGAUCUUAUGCAGUUGCACAUCGAUCGUAAGAGACUGAAGGAGUAUGUGCGGUUGCGUACCAAUAAAGUACUACGAUCUAAGGAUUUGUUUAAUUUGGCAGCAGCUAACAAGCAAAAGAGAGACAUUACGCCGGAACGGGCAUAUCAGUUGUACAAAAAAAUACACGAUAUCGAGAAGAUGCAAGGUAGGGAUAAUAGUAAAAGAAUAUAUCCUGAAUCCGAGGACGAGAUAGCGCAAACCAUAAAAAGAAUUAAAAAAGAACAAGAAUCUGCCUGGGGUCAAGAUGGAUUGUCAACAGAGUUGGAUGCGAGCGAAGGAAACGACGGAGAGGAUUCUUAUGGCGAUCAAUUGACGCAAGAGGAAGUGGCGGCUGAGAUCGAUACAAACGAAGGUGAAUUGCUGCGAGCGAACAACGAGGGUGAUAUUAUCGCUGCUAACGGGGAAAUAGUGGGUGAAUUGGUAAUGGAGGAUGGCGAUCCGUCAGUGAUAGUCGAGUCUAUCGUCAAUGCGGAUGGUUCUGUGUUUGUCGACGGGAGAGAAUUUAACAGUUAUUGCAGCAAUCAUCUGACGCACACAGUGGACGAGAGCCAAUCGCCGAAACCGCGUGUUCUAGAUAUAGAAACGAUCGCACCUACCAUUGAGAAAGUUUCGAAGGCAUCAUCCGUAUCACCGCCGAGUGACAAGUCGCAGAACGAUCCUUUGACGUUACCGCAGUCACCAAAGUCGCCUGGUGGCUUCAAUGAGGCUGAUUCGAGGAUCUGGAUUGUGAAAGAGGGCACAUCCGUGGAAACAGAGCCGGAAAGUGGAGCCGAGAGCGAGACAAACACGACUCAGCCAAUCUCCAUGAUGAAGACGAGUGCUGUGGAUGAUAUGCCUGAGAUAAUGUUGUCGGACGAGGCGAGUCACCAGCUACUUCAGGAACAGCUGGCAGUGUUGCGUGCCGAGAGAGGGAAGCUGUUCCACGAGACCGAGAUGCUGAAAAUGAAGAAGGACAAAUUAAAGUUACAGAUCAAUUGUUAUUCGAACGAAAUAAGUAAGCAGGAGAUGGAAAAGGAGAAAUUAAGACUUGAAAUCAAGCUUCUUCAGUCCAAAGUCAUGGAAGACACUAACGAUGUAUCGCAUUACAUUUUCGUGCCUUGAAUUCUUCGGCUGUUUGUAAAAAAGUAAUUGUAAAUAAUGUGUUUUAUCGGCUUUAGUACUGUUGAAAUUGUGUGUACAUAUUUGGGCGCGUACAUUGGUGCGUGGGUUUGUUACAACACAGUCGGCUGCGAGAUCGUUGAAGGUCUAUCGUCAUCGCUAGCAAUAAUUGAAUUUCGUUAUUUAUAUUAAAUAUGUGUGUUCUUAUUUGUUAAAUGUGAUAGACGAUAAAUAGUAGCGAAUAAGAUGUUUCGCGUGUUACUUUGCUAGCCGAUCACCGCUGAAGUCCUUUUUUUUAAACUAAGUUGUACCAAGUUUCGUUAUCUUUCAACUGUAACGCAAGAAGCGAACAUUUUUAUUGCGCGCUUUUUGGUUUUGGUGUACAACACACGAUUCUGUAAAAAGAAAUGUAGCAGAAUAACUGCAUGAAAGAAUACUAUAUAUAUUCCACACGAAUGCUUCCUCAUCGCUAGCUACAAACUAUCGCAAAUAAACACAUUAUUUUUAUUAUUUUA